AUGCCCGAAGAAUCCGCCCAGAGAGUCCUCAAAAAGAGGUCCCGGAAUGGCUGCCGCACCUGCCGCAAGCGCCACCAGAAAUGCGACGAGCGCAAACCGACCUGCUUCAACUGUCGCCUGCGCGGUGUUGAAUGUGGAGGAUAUAAAGUCACAUUGGGUGACUUUACCGCGUAUAGUGGAAUUGAGGGGCAGAUGGUUUCGAGGGUGAGGAGGGAUAGCGAGGGUAGUGGGCUCGAAGGUGACGGCGAGGGUGAUGCAGCGAUGGCGGCGACAGUCGUGGGCACACCGCGGACUGGCUUACUCCCUCAGAGCAAUUUUGACCUGCUGCAGCCACAGUCACAAUCGAGAGCUGUACUUGCACAUCUGGGCGAUUCGCACGAGAUCGAUAGCCUGACGCCCGGAAUCAUGGAGACGGUGGAGAUGGAUCCCGGUCGCUACUUGACUUCCCCGCUCGAUUUCGCUGCGCUAGGGAACUGGUCUUCAGAGGGGUAUCAGGCAGGCGAGGACGACCCAGAGCAACCUGAUGAAGUCCAGGCGCUUGAACUGGCGCUUUUCAACCCGACUCUCGAACCCGUCAUGCAUACCACCCCACGGGAUCCCUUCGACCAGUACCUUUUCACCUACUACAUGGACACACUCUACCUCCGCCUGUACCCAAUAAAACUGGACCAAAACCCGUACCGCGUCGUCUACGGGUCCCUCGCGACAGAGUCCGAGCCCCUUCUCAAAGUCAUCAUGCUCGCCAGUGCAUCGCACCUCGCGAAGCAAGGGAAGCUGCCGGCGUUUGCGAUUCAGCAUUAUCGGACGGCUGUUCAGGACUCGUUUCGUGAUGCGCUUAGUACCAACAAGGAGGAUAGCUGGGUUCUGGGGGCGACGGUGCUGCUGUCGAUUGUCUUGGAUAUCAUCGGCACGAGCAUCGACACCUGGAGUGCAAAGCUCAUCGGCUGUCGCCGGUUGCUGGAAGGUGCGCUGCGCACGUCGGCUGAGCAGCAGCAGGCCCCCGUUGGACUGCAGUGUCUACUCGUGCAGUACAACUGGGCUGUGACGAUGGGCAGGGCGAUGCUCAAGGGGUCAGUCGCAGCGGAUGUGAUUGACGAGUUGAGAUGUAUUGAUGAAGACAGAGACUCUAACCUCAGCCCCACCCUCGACCUGUCCAAACACCAAUCCCACUGGUGGGACGACCUCCCGGACUACGAAAUGCACCUCCUCCUCCGCGAAGCAACCGACUACGCCGUGACGGUCGAUCGUCUGCGCACAGCAAUCACACCCACAGCAAUCACACCCACAGCCACAACUCCACCGGCAUCAACAACAAUCGACUCUCUCCUGCAACUAAUGCCACACAUCGCGGACCUCAUCCGCCGCAUCGAAUCCUGGUCCCCUCCACCCCCCUCCAUCCGCCCCGAAUACUCCGCCUCGAUCACGCACUUCAACUCCGUCUGGCGCGCCGGCAUGCUCUGUUUCGUGUACAGCGAGAUCUACGCGCUGGACGCCCGCGAUCCCCGGAUCCAGGCUUGCGUGGAGACGGCACUCGCGGCGCUGGUCGAAUUGUCCUGGUUGCAGGCGUGCCUGUUUCCGUUUUUCAUGGUUGCGCUUCAUGCCCGCGGGGAUGAUGCGCGGGGGAUUUUUGUCGGGAAGCUGGUUGAGAUGCAUGCGAGGUUGGGGUUUCAGGGGCCGUUGGAUGUUGUAGCUGUUUUGAGGGGUGUGUGGGAGAGGGUUGAUGGUGUUGUAGGCGCGGGGAGAGUGGAGUGGAGGAGUGUUGUUCGGGGGUUGGGGAUGGAGUUGAAUAUCCUGUUGUAG